AUGCAAACAACAACUACUACAACAGACCCAAUACGUAAGCGAUUUGAUAGCGACAGUGAAGCAAGAUUUCUAUUAACACCAGGACAGAGCAUUACUCUAUCGGUUGACAGUGGAUCUGUUUUUUACAAUGGUUGGCAGCUACCAGAAACAGGACAAGUUGUUUUUCGUGAUAAAGACUUUACCCUUAUGUCAUACAAAGACAGUUAUACAUUGAAAUUCAUGGGAAAGCUUCCGAGAUUUUAUGCUGCAAAAAGAAUACCUCAAGAGUCUGUUCCUGCAUACGAUUUAAUCAGUCAAAAAUCAGUUGUUGCUGUUUGUGGACCACCACUCUCAGGAAAAACUACUGCUUGCCAAACAAUUAUCAACUCAGCUCUUCAUGGAGUUCCACAACAUCCUAAAGAAAAGCCAAUUCCUAUUUACGUAAAUCUUGACCCUGCCCAGGCUCCAUUUUGCCCUCCUGGAUCAAUUGGUGCCCUUCCAAUUACAAAACCUAUCGAUAAUACCGGAUUUAAGAUUGAAAAUCCACUCACAUAUUUCUUUGGACAUACAGAAAUAGACGAAGCUCAUCGUGAUCGCUACACAGAUCUUGUUCACGAACUUGCAACGUAUGUUAAACAAAGAAGACAAGCUAUCUCUCAAUCUGAUGGUGGAGUAGUCAUAGAUUUACCUUCUCCUACUAAUGAGCACGUUCUUCCAGGAAUUGCUCAAGCAAUUAAAGAUUUCGAAGUUACACACAUUGUUUGCAUCGGAGACGAUCGUCUUGUUGCAACAUUUCAACGUUCGUUCCCUUGGAUAAGCGUUUGGGGAAUGCCAGCUUUAGGUGCUGCUCAUGAUGACGAAAUUUCUAUAAGAACCGCUCAAAGAAGCCUCGAUACAAAGAGAUAUUUCGAUGGUGAUGAUUCUGCUGAUCUUGUUUCGAUGACUUACAGAUUUACAAAUAGAGAUGACUUCAAAUUAUACAAAGUUGACAAAAGAGAGCCCGAGGAAGUGCCAAUAUCAACUUCUUUGAUGGCUUCUGUGGUAGCAAUUGUACAAAGACCACAUGUUUCGAAUGAAUUAUGGAAACAAAAUGUUUUGGGAUAUUUAACAAUUACUAAGGUCCAAAAUGAAGAUAAUAUUGAAGUUUUGAAGCCAAAGCAACCAUUGCCUAAUAAUGUACAAUUCAUUAUUGGUUCAAUCAAAUAUUUUAUCAAAUAA